AUGGUGGACCCAAGCCUAUACCAGCAAGACGGGCUGGAACAGGAUCUUGCAGCAGAGGACGACCAUGAGGACGAUGUAGCCAGCGACAUAUCUGCCGACUCCGACGCCCUCGAGCUGCGUGCCGAGGUUGAGCGGUUCGACCUCCAACAAGAGGCCUUUGUGGCUCGGCAGCGAGCUGAAGCGUCUGGAAUACCCUACCAGCCGCCGCCACCUCGCAAACCGGGCAGAGGACCCGGCCGGAAGCCAAAGAGGGUUCUGGGUCCACGGAAACCGGCAAAGCCGCCCCCCGAGAUCCAGUUCCGUCUCUCCCUAGCCAACGAAGCCUUCCAGCAAAAGGACUAUGACAGGACCAUGGCCCAGCUGAGCGAGAUCAUCCGCAUCAAUAGCGAGGUCUUCCACGCCUGGACCCUCCUCUCGACAGUGCACGAGACACUCGGGAACCGAGAGCAGGCCAUCUGGUGCCGCAUCACAGCCGCCCAUCUGACCCCAAGGGAUGUGCAGCAGUGGAUUAGUACGGCCGAGUAUGCGCUCGAGUCCAUGGAGAAUCUCGAGGACGGGUCCGAGAAGGACGCCGUGCUCACUCGGGCGUACGCCUGCUACACGCAGGCGCUUGAGACGGACAGAUCCAACAUCAUCGCGCGUACAGGGAGGGCCGAUGUGAUCAUGCUGCAGGGCAAUGCGAACAAGGCGUUAAUCGAGUACCAGAAGGCCCUGAACUACCGGCCUUGGAACAUUCGCACGGUGCGCAAUAUUGCAGAUGUCGCGCUCGACGUCAAGGACCCGAGAAAGAGUGCCGAGGUGGCCAAGGGGGCAUACCGUCGCCUCAUUGACCACCUCCAGGCGACGGGGACGUUCGACGCCGAAGAGGGUAGCUUUGAGUGGUCGGAUCUGCGAAUCUAUCUCGAAUUCUUUACAAUCCUCGAGCAAUGGCAAGAAGGCGCUCAGGAGCUCAAGGAGAUUUCGCGCUGGCUGCUGGGUCGGAGAGCAGAGUCCCACUGGGACCAGUGGGUUGAUGAUGAUAGGGAGUGGGAUAUAUACGACGACAGACGCCUCGUGGUGCCCGGGUUCGAACCAGCUCGAUUCCCACAGGAGAGCUACGGGCAGGGGCUGCCGAUUGAUCUGCGUGCGAAGCUCUUUGUUUACAGGAGCAAACUCGGCUUUGAGUACGAGGCCAACUUGCACCUGCAGAUGCUCGACCCCACGAGACCAGAAUCCUUUAUGGACUUCCCGGAUUGUCUCAAGGAAAUAGCUGUCUCGCUGCUGGAUCGCGACAGGGCUGACGACGCUAUCCGUUAUCUCGAUCUCUACAGACACAUAGCAACUACAACCGGAGACGUUGCUUUGGAUGCCGAAUUUCUUGUUUGCCAAGGCCGGUGCCAUAUUGCGUUUGGCGAGAAAGCUGCCGCCGAGGAGUGCUUCAUUGCAGCAAUUCAAGAGGACGAAGACCAAAUCGAGGCUCGCGUGCAGCUGGCGAAUAUGUACGAAGGUGUGGAGGAACAAGAGGGUCGAGAGGAAGCCUUUCUUUUGAUUCGGGAAGCCUUGAAUCUGGAGGCGAGACGCGGUGAUGGAGUUAGGAGACGUCGCGGUCCGUAUGGCCCGCGGAAACCUAGGGAUGGACAGCCUCAAAAGCCGAGGGACCCGAACAGGAAAUCGAAAUAUGUGCCUCGUCGGCUCAUCAAUGCCGAGAAGAGGAGGCAACAAGACCUCGAAAUGACGGCCGAAGCAGCCAAGAACUUCCAGCUGUUGAAGGAGUUCGAGGAGCGCGCUCUUAAAGGGGAUGAGCAGGCCAAGGCGGGCUGGAUGAAAGCGGCGAAGGACCUUGUGGACGACUUCCGAUCGUACAAGCAGUUCUACCCCUGGGAGAAAUACAUCAGAUAUCUAGGCUACACAUCCAAUGUCCAAGGGGGGCAGGCUGCUGUUCCAGCCCGGAAUCUGAAGCUCGCGGCUAUGGAAGAGCGAUUGCGUCAGCAUCUCGCGCCCACCGAUGGUCAAGAGCAAGGCAUCAAGCUGCCCAUCAAGUUUCCCUCAGAGCACCGAGGCAUCCCCUUCGAUACGUGGCUCGAUAUUUUCCUCAACUACGCUUUUGCUCUCGUCCGCUCGGGUCAGCACCGGGAAGCCUACGUUGUCUGCCACGCUGCGCGGGAUUCGGUCGUGUGGACAUCGCCCGAAACCACCUUCCUGAUCCACGUGGCCUGGGCCUCUUGUGCCGUCUACGCGGGCGACGAAGAGACGUGCGUGGCCAUCGCCCGCUACUUCAUGCGCGACUACAUGCCGGGGACGGACUCGUACCGCAUGUUCUCGGCCAUGUGCCGCGUCUGCCAGACGCCGGUGUCCUGGUACACGUCUGGGCCAGCCCAGAAGUUCAUUCUCCGCCAGAUCAAAACCAUGGACAACAUUGUUAUGCGAAAGACCGAGACAGGCGUGGGGAAUACCGAAACCGACGACGGCGGCGACGACGACGACGUCAUAGGCCUCGACGUUUGCCUCCUCACCAUCUACGGCCACAUCCUCUUCACCACGACGAGCUACACUUACGCGCUGUCGUACUUUGCGCGCGCCGCCUCGCUCGACCCGUCCAACUGCAUGAUCAACCUCAGCACGGCCCUCGCCUACAUCCACUACGCGCUCAAGCGCCAGGCCACCAACAGGCAGUACCUUCUCACCCAGGGGUUCGCCUUCUUGUUCCGCUACUACCGCGACCGCCUGCGCGCGUCGCCGCACAGCCCCGCCCAGAGGCAGGAGGCGCACUACAACGUCGCCAGGGCCUACUCGCUUAUCGGGCUGGGCAACCUGGCGGUCGAGUACUACAGCAAGGUGCUAGAGGAGGCCGAAGGGGUCAGGGAAAGGGAAAGAUUGUUGGGUGGUGUGCCCAUGGGGAGUGAGGACCUGACGGUGGAAGCGGCGUAUAAUAUGCGGAGUAUGUGUUAUUUGCUCGGGGAUGUGGAGGGCGCGAGGGCGGUGGCGGAGAGGUGGUUGGUUUUGGAGUGA